UGAAACAGAGGAGACAAAAAAACAGAGAAGAGGAGGAAAAAACCUAAAAUGAGCUUAAGCGGAUCCUGUGCGACGGCGGAAUCACGGAAAAGAGCAACGGAAGAAAGCGAAAACACAAACGUCUUCUGACCCAUUCAACGACUGCCACGUCAAUUCCAAAUAUCCGGCCAAGUCAACGUAUUUCUAAGUCUCAAACGUUUGUUUGUUCUGAUAAUUUGCAUUCACUGUCUGGUCCAUACGAUUUAGGGAAGGUUUUAUUGAAAGCCUGGACCACGGUUGAAGUGUGUCAAUGGCUAAAAUUUGAACGGUCAACAAUGUACGGCUGACAACACAAACCUUAUAUUACGAGCUCACUGCUUGAUUCGUCUACUUAUAACUCAAGACUGUUCUGAAACUGCAUCUCAAAGGUCUUGCUGAACUUUUCUUUCUUUGGUGGGCUGGGGUCGUGAUUUGAUCAUUCGGUUUAUACCGAGACUAAUGUCAAUGGAAGGGUCAAGUAACGGUUCUUUGAGAUUGGUGCUGUUACAUGGUAACUUAGACAUCUGGGUGAAGGAAGCUAAAAAUCUUCCUAACAUGGAUCGGUUCCGGAGGUACCAGAAGAACAGUACAAGUGAUCCUUUUGUGGCUGUUUCCAUUGCAGGUGCGAAGAUUGCCGAAACUUUUGUGAUUGACAACGAUGAGAAUCCUGUGUGGAAGCAGCAUUUCUAUAUACCGGUGGCUCACCAUGCUAAGGUGGUUAAGUUUGUGGUGAAAGACAGUGACCGUUUUGGAGCAAAGUUCAUAGGAGCUGUUGAAAUCCCAACCGAGGAGUUGUGUUCAGGGAAUAGGAUCGAAGGGUUGUUUCCAAUACUUGGGAAGCCAUGUGAAGACGGUGCUGUGUUGAGUUUGGCUAUUCAAUACACUCCGGUGGAAAUGAUGAAAAUUUACCAAAUGGGUGUUGGUAAUGAGUGCGAAGGAGUUCCCGGUACGUACUUCCCUUUGAGGAAAGGCGGUAGAGUUACUCUGUAUCAAGAUGCUCAUGUUGAAGACGGGACACUUCCGAGUGUAGAUCUCGAUGGUGGGAUGCAGUAUAUACAUGGAAAGUGCUGGGAGGAUAUGGCUGAUGCGAUUAGACAGGCAAAGAACUUGAUUUAUAUUACUGGUUGGUCAGUUUACCAUCCGGUUAGGCUGGUUCGUCGCAAUAAUGAUCCCACCGAUGGUACCUUAGGGGAUUUGCUUAAAGAAAGAUCUCAAGAAGGUGUUAGAGUGUUGCUAUUGGUGUGGGAUGAUCCAUUUUCAAGGAGCUUUCUGGGGUACAGAACACGCGGAUGUAUGAAGACAAGCGAUGAGGACACUCGCCAUUUUUUUAAAAACUCGUCGGUGCAAGUUAUUAUUUGUCCUAGAUCUGGUGGCAGAGGUCUUCAUAGCUUUGUAAAAAAAACCGAAGUUCAAACCAUCUACACACAUCAUCAGAAAACUGUGAUUGUAGAUGCUGAGGCAGCUCAGGGCCAAAGAAAGAUCGUAGCGUUUGUUGGAGGGCUAGACGUGUGCAAAGGACGUUUUGAUACGCCUAAGCAUCCUCUCUUUAGGACAUUAAACACUCUCCAUAAAGAUGAUUUCUAUAACAAUUGUUUUGGGACUACUGAGGAUGAUGGACCAAGACAACCGUGGCAUGAUCUGCACAGCAAGAUUGAUGGUCCAGCAGCGUAUGACGUGCUUGCUAAUUUUGAACAGCGCUGGCUAAAGGCUACGCAGAAAAGGCACAGGAUUUCGAUACACAGAUCGUCUUCUGAGGAUGCUUUGCUUAAGAUUGACAGAAUUCCAAAUAUCAUGGGACUAUCAGAAGCUUCUUUUGUUAAUGAUACUGAUCCAGAGUCUUGGCAUGUUCAGGUUUUUCGUUCCAUUGAUUCAACGUCAGUCAAAGGGUUUCCAGAGGACUCAAAGGAAGCUAGUUCAAGAAAUCUUCAAUGUGGGAAGAAUAUACUUAUAGACAUGAGCAUACACACGGCUUAUGUUAAGGCCAUAAGAUCUGCUCAGCAUUUCAUUUACAUCGAGAACCAAUAUUUUUUUGGAUCAUCAUUUAACUGGGAUUCACAUAAAAUCGUUGGUGCUAAUAAUCUAAUCCCUAUGGAAAUUGCGCUUAAGAUUGCUAAUAAAAUUAGAGCAAGAGAAAAUUUUGCUGCUUAUAUUGUCAUUCCAAUGUUGCCAGAAGGUGAUCCAACGGGUAUAGCUACGCAGAGCAUUUUACAAUAUCAGUAUAAAACCAUGCAAAUGAUGUAUCAAACUAUCUACAAGGCACUUGUGGAAGCUGAACUUGAUGAACAGUAUGAGCCACAAGACUAUUUGAACUUCUUCUGUCUUGGAACCAGAGAGCUUGCUGAUGGAAACGUUAACAACAACACAAAGGAAGAAGAUGCCCCACAGGUGGAAGCUUUGAAGAGUCGAAGAUUCAUGAUAUAUGUUCAUUCCAAAGGUAUGAUAGUGGACGAUGAGUUUGUCUUAAUUGGUUCUGCGAAUAUCAACGAGAGAUCCCUGGAAGGAUCUAGAGACACUGAAAUCGCAAUGGGAGGAUAUCAACCACACCACUCAUGGGCUAAGAAAGGUUCUCGUCCUCGUGGGCAGAUCUUUGGAUACAGAAUGUCGCUGUGGGCGGAACAUAUUGGGUCUCUAGAGAAAGGUUUCGAAGAGCCAGAGAACAUGGAUUGCCUGAGACAAGUUAGGGAAUUGAGUGAGCUCAACUGGAGACAGUAUGCAGCAGAGGAAGUCACAGAGAUGACAAGUCAUCUUCUUAAGUAUCCAGUUCAAGUCGAUAGGACAGGCAAAGUGAGUUCUCUUCCUGGAUGCGAGACAUUCCCAGGUCUCGGUGGCAGGAUUAUAGACACAGGCUUUGUGAUCAAAGAAAACAUCACCAUCUGAAAUACCUUGGUUUGAUUUAUAAGCAAAAUCUGCACACAAACUUAUCAAUGCCAAUGCAUAUCGGCUGCAUCUUUCGUAUCAUUUGAACACGGUAGACAUCUUCAAUGUAAAAAAAAUUAUUUUCAUUUCGUGGUGAUAAUAAGUUAAAAACAUUGAGCAAUAUGAUAAACAAGUAACUAAAGAAAUAACAUAAACUGGUUGUUAUAUUAGAAACCCUUUGCACAAGUUACACUGUAUGUUCAAUCAUAUUGACUCGACUUCUCUUCUUGUGAAUCAACACUACCAAUUCCUAAUUAUCCAACCUUAACAUCACAACGACAGUUACACACUCUCAUAUAUUUACUCUCCAAUGAACCCUUGAAUCUCUCCAUCAAACUCAAAGCUCUAAAACCGUGGUCAACAUCAAUGGACUCACUCUCUAUUUAUUCAUCCUUAUCAGGUAGAGGAGAUUCUACAAUGAGUCUUCGGAUAAGACCAAAUCUCCAAUUCUUCUCCGAGAAUAAUAAAGAUGAACAUAUAUGAAGUGUUCUCUAUCAGUUUGCCAAGUAUUAUGGGAGGUAGUACAUGUGUCAUGAAGAUGAGCUGAGAUUUGUUAGAGUUCGUGUAUUGUCAUAUGCAUGAACUUGUUAAGCUUGAAAAAAGAAAGUAUAAUACAUAUAUAAGUUUUCCAUUAAACGAAAGAGAUUUUUAAUUGAAGAGUAAAUUUUCCAUUGCAGAAAAAGCAAUAUUAUGUAAGUUGCCUUUGAAAGAACGGAGAGCAACUUUAGGUUAUGUAUACAAGGAGGAUGUGCAUCUAUGAAGAAAGUUGUCUCUACAAAAUAAGAAAAUUGAGAUUUUUGUUUGGUGCUUGUAUGAUCAAGCUUUUGGUGUCACUACUCAGCGUUAGGUGCUGAUGUAAUUGGUAAAGUACUUAAGAUUGUUGGAUUUAACCUUAGUCAUUUUCUAGUCACAUUUGUGAGCACCUUAACAGUUCCUCCAUAGGUAUUCACGUUUUCUUGAACUGCCACAACAUUAACAUCUCCGAACUGAACUUGUCUUGAAGAAAGCUCAUGAAACUGAUCAAACCUGUCUUGAAGAAAGCUUAUGAAACUGAUCAAACCACUCUCUUAUUGAAGUCAUAUGAAUAAUUUGAGUUGAGAAUCCAAUUAUCUCAAUGCCAAUUAUCCGAUAUAGAUAAGGUAUCAUCCUUUUGAUCCAGUACAACAACAGCUUCAGCAGAUUCAUCAUCACCAUACUUCUUCUUACGAGCUUAACAAUCUUUAAUUGCAUGUCUCUCUUCUUACAAUACCAGCAUGUGAGUCUAGAACCUAAACCAGAUCUCAUCCUUAAUUUACUCAUCCUACCACUAUUACUAUCAUCUCCCUUUUAUCAGGUCUUCCAUGAGCAAAAUAUAUGUCACUAUUUCUCUGCAAAGAAUCAUAAUAGAAUAAUUUGACUCCUUGAUCUGUAGCUCUUUAAAUCUUACAUCCCUCGUGACUUCCUCAAGGGAUAAAGUUUCCCUUCCAUUCGUGAGUAAUACUUUCAAGUAGUUGUACUGAUUUGGAAGUGAGUUCAUCAGAAGAAUAGCAUGAACUUCCUUAGAGACAUGCACAUUCACACUUGACAAGUUCAUACUAUCUUUAAGAAAUCAUUUAUGUUUUUAUCAAUCAUUUAAGAUUUUUUCUUCAAGAUCUUGAAUGUAUAGAGUUUAUGAUGCAAGUGAAUCUGAUUUAGUAAAUACUUAGAGAGAUACAACCUUUCAAAUGCUGACCAAGUUGAAGCAGUAUUUGUGCACAUCUUCAUCUUCCGUAAUACAUGAUCACCAAAAAAACUAGUUAAACAUAAGAUCAAAAUACAUGCAUGUGUUAUAGUAUAUAUAUAAGAACGAAUAUCAAUUGUUUAAAUAUAUUAAUUAAUUAUAAAAAGUAAUAAUUUAUAAAUAUAUGCAAAUAAUACAUGGAAUAUCAAUAACAUGCAUAAAUUCAUUAAACUAGUAUAUAUAUAAAAUUAAAUAUAUUUUUCAAAAUCCAUGCAUAUUUUAUAAUACAUUUGUAAAUAAUAAGUUGACUUUUACUAAGUAUUAUUCAAUACAAUUUUUAACUUACAUUUUUAAAAAAUCAAAAGUUUCAUAAUUUAUUAAAGGAACAAACUAAAAAUGUAACUGAUUUUACUGUUUAGUGGAUAUAAGUGUAUGAGACAACCUGAAAAAUAUGAAAAUCAGUUAAAUCUAAUAUUUACAUUCAUAUUAAAAUUUAUAUAAAAUGAAAAUAAUAAACUUUUAAGUAGAAAUAAUUUUUGAUUUUUAAAAGAAGGAAAUGAUGAAUAUAUAGUAAUUAUAUAGGCUAAGUUAAAAAAAAACUAAUAUAUACAUGAAUUGGUCCCAUGAUUCGAUCAACCCCUCUUUAAACUAAUGAAAUUCAACCAAUUAAUCAAGAUAUAUUAGUUGAAUUUCCUAUAGGACAAUCUUUAUAUAUAAAGUAGACUUAUCUACCUGCUCCUUGCGCCACGUCAUCCUGGAGGGAUGGGCGUUUUGCGCCACGUGUCGCUGCAUCAGGGUCCCUGCGUUUUUUUCCUUCCCGACGCUUCUGUUAAUUAUAUAAGAUCUGGGCUUUUAUUACAAGAUAUAGAGUAGGCCAAUACAUUGGACCCUGUUAGAUACCCAUUCCAAGUUAGGGUCCAUCUUCGUUUUCCUCUUUCACAUACAAACUCCACCGAUGAAAUUCACAGACUUUCAGCCGAUCCGAACUCUGUAACGUCUCCCCAAUCCAUAAAUCAAUUCUUUACUCCCAGUUUUCCUUCAUUACUCCACUCCACCCACUUGAAGCAAUCAAUAUACCUCUUCGUUUCCCACCGAAACCGACAGAAGCUUCAACUAUAAAUAUCGGACCUUCCUGCGAUGUUCAGUUCAACUCAAACGCAUUUUCUUAUUCAAUUUAAAGAUCCAAAAGCUUUCUUUUUCCUAGCAACCGAUUUCGAUGGCGUCUGUGUACACUCUCCUUGCGGAUCUGAGAGCCAGACAUGCUCUAACACUGCGGAGGUUCCUCUGCUAAUGGUGGGAAGUUCAUCAAGAGGAUCAGCAGCAGCUGUUGCAGCAAUAUAAUGCAUCAUGUCUCAUGGUAGUGAUAAUGAUGGGAGUGUGAGACAGCUAGCUUCGUUUUGUGGUGUUGUUGUCUUGCACCAACUUACGGUCUUGUCUCUAGGUUUGGACUAAUGGCCUAUGCAUCUUUGUUGGGUGUGAUUGGUUGCUUUGGCUCUACGUUUGCUGAUGCUGGGAUGCGUCUUAAUGCUGUCUCUGGAUAUGAUAGGGUUGAAUCCACGAGAAGCAAACAAGGAGUGAAAGUUGGUCCAUCCGCGAGACGUUUGAAGAUGGUGUUGAUUCUAGAGUGAGAUCUGCAAAUUAGAAGCGUUGGGUUGUGUACUGACAGAGGUCUCUUUUCCUUCAUUCUCUCUUGAUAAGUAUAUCAAUGUGGACAGAGUUUUGGUGUACAGGCAGAAGUGAGGAAGCUGCAGCUGGAAAGAGUUCUUAACGAGCAGCUUCACCAAAUAAUCUGAUCCCAUUUUGCUGGCUUCGGACUGGUGUCAUAAUAUUCCCAUUCUUUUCUUCUUGCAACACUCUUAUUAUUAUGUUCGUGCGAACGGUUCACGAUCCCAGCCCAAGGAUGUCGCAGCAUGUAUGUCUUCCCUAGAUAAUCUUAUUAAGGCAAUCAUCACUUUAUGUUAGGAACAAAUUUCAAAAGAACAUGAACACACGUUGAUUUGGUUACUGUUAUUAUCCUAGCUUACUUUACUAAGAAUAAAUGUCAUGUAAGACUCAAAAGUCAAAACAGACCAUGUCAUCUGAAACAAAAAAAAAUGGAAGAUGUACUUGCUUCUAA